GGGCCACUUUCACCCGGCACAGCCGCCGAGAUCGACAGAGACCGCCGAGAGCACGGCAGCGACACCGCGACACACCGAUACCGCUGAAUGUGCGUGUGCGUGUGAGGGGACCUGAACACAGCUGGACUGGACACAGCCGUCGCCAUGCUGUACCGCUGCCUGGCCGCGCUGCUGCUGGCGGCGCUGGCCGCGGUGCCGGCCGCCGCCAAGUGGGAGCCGCCGCCGCCCCGCUUCACGUGUCCGCAGCGCGCCAUCCUGCACUACCCGUGCGUGUGUACGGCCGGCGGCGACCUGGGCAUCCACCUGCGCUGCGACAACUCCAACCUGGCGCAGCUGUCGGCCGCGCUGCGCAACGUGCGCGUGCCGCUCGACUCGCUGACGCUCUCCCGCUGCAGCAUCAGCCGGCUGCACGGCAGCCUCUUCCACUCGGUGUCGGCGCGAUCGCUGCACAUCGAGCACACGCCGAUACGGAACAUCGGCGCCGACACAUUCCUGGGCAUCAACAACACGCUGCUCAACCUGACCAUGUGGGACACGCGGCUGACAGAGGUGCCCGUGGAGGCGCUCUCCGUGCUGACCAACACGUCUGUGCUGGAGAUCGUCGGGUCAGACAUCACCUACAUCCCCGAGGACGCCUUCAAGGACAUGGUCAAGCUGACCGACCUGACGCUGAGAAAGUCACAGAUCAGCUCCUUCCACCAGAAGGCCUUCGCUGGACUGAGGAGACUGAAGAAAAUAUCGCUGGCGUAUAACAAUCUAACGUCGGUGCCGCCAAACGCGUUCAAAUUCAAUUUGCGACUCAACAAUCUGGACCUUGCCUACAACAAUUUCAACAAGCUCAACUCGAAAUUCUUCAGGGACAUCCGUCAAAUGAUUUGGUGCAACAUGUCAAAUAACGCCAUCACCGAUAUGGGAAGGGCGACCUUCUCAAGGAACGGAGCCCUGGGUUAUCUGGACAUGAGUCACAACAAAAUCCCGAAGAUCGACUCUAAUGAGUUCAGAACAAUGCGCUCCAUGCGUCGGCUGUUCUUCAACGACAAUAACAUCAAACGCAUCGGCAGAGGUGCAUUCAAAGUGCUGAACAAAGUCGGAACCAUAGACAUCGCGCGCAACCAUAUCAAGAAGAUCGAUUAUCAAAUGUUCUGGGAGCUAGAGUACCUCGAGAUUCUCAAUGCUCAAGAGAAUGAAAUCACUGAGAUUGAGAAGAACACAUUCAAGGAUUUGUACCUCACCACGGUGAACAUUAGCCACAACCAGCUGUCUCAGAUUGCCGACGACGCCUUUAUCAACUGCAACAACAUGACGUUCCUCGACCUGAGUCACAACAACCUCACCGAACUCAACGAGAAGGCCUUCGACGACAACUCCGACCUCACCGAGCUGCGCCUCGAGUUCAACUACCUCACCAACAUGUCCGCCCCGUUCGACAAGUUCAAACUCAUUCGGGUCCUCAACAUGUCCUACAACAGCAUCGUGGAGAUCCCGAAGCGGACGUUCCCCGAUUUGUACGAGCUGCACACGAUCGACGUGAGCCACAACCAGAUCGCCAAGAUCGGCGGCGGCGUGUUUACGACGCUCUUCUCGCUGCGCCACCUCGACCUCAGUCACAACAUGCUGGAGGAGCUGCGGGCCUCCUCGAUCGGCACUAUGCCCUCACUACUGGACGUCAACCUCAGCCACAACCGGCUGCGCACCACCACCCGCAGCGCGUUCCAGGGCCUCAGCUCGCUCCGGGAGCUCCGGCUCGACCACAACCACCUGGAGAGCGUGGUCGGCAUCCCGCAGUCGCUGUCAGUGUUGUACCUGUCCCACAACCGGAUCGCUUCCAUCCGGCCGGGACGCAGCUGGCCGACCAUGAACUCCCUCAUCGAGCUGGACCUCGAUAGUAACCUGCUGGCCGACAACCUGGAGGGCGGCGCCUUUGAGAACCUGCGCACCGUCCGCCUGCUGCACCUGCGCAACAACUCCAUGACGCUUCCGCCGUGGCAGGCGCUGUCCGACAUGACGACGCUGCAGCAUCUCUACCUGGACGACAACAGGAUCACGACCAUGGGCCGCGGCGCGCUCGGCAAGCUGCUGGUGCUGUUCGAGCUCACAAUGCGCCGGAACGGCCUGCGCGACGUGGCUCAGCGCGCCUUCGAGGGCAACGCGCAGCUGAUCAACCUGACCCUGGCCGAGAACGACAUCGAGUUCAUCCCCAACGAGGCGUUCAAAGGUCUGGUGGCCCUGAACAAAAUCGAUCUGUCCCACAACCGACUGUCGGUGAUGAAUAACCAGACACACGGCCUGUUCGACGACUGUCUCUCGCUGAGAAAGGUGAACCUGUCGCACAACCACGUCUCCCAGAUCCACGUGAAGACGUUCCCCUACAGCAAGUGGAUCCCCUACCGACUCGAGGAGCUCGACCUCUCCUCCAACAAGCUGGCCGUCAUCGGCAGGGACUUCAGCACCGGCCUCAAGGACCUGAAGAAGCUGAACCUAGCCAACAACUCGCUCAUCGAGACCAGACAAUACGUGCUGGGCAACCUGACCAAGCUGGAGGAGCUGGACCUGUCGCACAACCAGCUGGCCCACUUCCCGGAGGACUCCAUCGGACCCAAUCCGAAGAUGCUGAAGCUGAAGCUGAACGACAACUUCCUGAUCACGCUGCCGGUGGAGGCGAUGUCGGAGAUGGUGAACCUCACGCUGCUGGACGUCUCCAACAACCGGGUGCGCCGGUUCUACGACCAGCUGAUGCCCUGGAUCGAGAACGGAACGCAGGUCUUCUACCAAGGUAACCAGCUGCGGUGCGACUGCGCGCUGCGCCGCCUCCGCUCCUGGAUGGACGACCGGACGGCCGAGCCCGACUCCCCGUGGGCCUCCGUCGCCUGCGAGACGCCGGCCGAGAUGCGCGGUCAGAUCGUCACCGAGCUGGACGUGGCGGCUCUGACCUGCAUCGGACCCGAGCAGGACGCCAGCGUGUACCAGGAGAAACCGGACAUUGUGUUCCGCAGCGUGGAUGGGGAGGAGGACGGCGCGCUACGGCUCUCCUGGUACGUCAACACCCGCGAGGACGUCGGCGACUUCGUCAUCCUGGCGCGGGCGCUGAACGAGACGCGUCCGAGCGCCACCGAGGCGGUGUCCUACACGGAGCGCACAGCGCGCCUGGCGCCGCUGCUCGCCGGCCAAAAGUACCUGGUGUGUGUGCGCGCGCUGACCUCGGGCGGAGAGCUGAGGCCCCACAGGGACGGUCAGUGUCGCACCGUGUCACCAGCGGCACCAGUGGCUGCCGCACCACCGCUCCUGGUGCUGGUGAUGGUGGCACUGGUGUCACUACGGCUGGUGAACCAGUGAAGAGAGAGCGGAGGAGGAGAGUCGGGGUAUUGCAGAGGAUCGGUGACGGCCGAGCGUCGACCGGUGACCGAAGAAGUCUUAGAGCUCGCUCGACGACACAAGACAUCGAGAGCACGGAGACGGAAAUACGGAAGCAUCUAGUCAAAGAUGGAGAUAAAGCUGUGGUCGACAUGACAUUGGAGCGACGAUCAAGCGAAUAUGAUCCCUGAAAUCACGCAAAAGAAUACGGGAAUGCCGAUCAGUUAAUCAGCUACACAUUGAUCGACGAAAAACAGCAGGAUACUGUAAGAAAAAGAACAUGAUUUUCUAGUAAAGAUGCGGGAUUCAAUAGCUGGGAACCUGUCGUGAAUCGGCAAGCGACCAGCUCGGUUCUGUCUGCGAUCUCUGGUGUCCGAUGGAGUAACGUUGCUAAGACAUCGCGGCUCGCUUGGCGCAAACGCCGGGUGACCCCGAUACCACAAGAACAUUUGAAGCAGAGGGCAAACGUGCGUAAG